UCCUCCCCCUAUACUGUUGUGUACUAUAGAAAGUUUAUUGUAAUUGAUUUAGUUUUAUUUAUUAAAUUCAAAAUGUGGGUAAUACUGAAUUUGGUAUUAUCUGUAAACACUAAGGAAGACUUCAAAUGAAUUUCCAGGAAAAUUGGAUUACUAAAAAGAUAUGGUGCUCGAGUAUACAUGUAAUCUGGAUUAAACAGCUUUAGUAUUGAAACUUUUGGCUUGAUGAGUGUCGUCUGUGAAAAAUAUUGUGCAAACUUUUUUAAUAAUAGAGAAUUACUUUUAAGUAAAGAGUGUUGAUUAUGGCUGCAUGUAAACAAACAUCACAGGAAUUUAUUCAGGACGUAUUUUCUCCAAUGGUGGCAGUUUUAUGUAGUCAAGAUGCAAAAAAUACGUGCAAAAAGAAUAAUUUGACUUUUGUAGAACUUUUACAACCCUUUUGCCGUAUAAAUACUGAAGUUACAAUUAGAGAUCCUUCAAAUAUAAGUUUUACUAUUAGAAGUCUACAUAUUAUUGUAAGAGAUAUGAAAUAUCAAUCACCUUCACCAGUAACUGCAAAGAAAAUGAUGCAUGAUGCUGUUUUAAAUACUUAUACAAUUGCAACAGAUGAUGUAUUAUGUAACCGGCUAAAUAAUGGAAAUUAUUCCUUAAAAUAUUUUUCUUCCACACCAUGGUUUGAAGCCUAUAGAGAAGUAUUUUUUCAAGUAAUGUAUCCCUCUGAACAUGAAUUUACACACCAUUAUUUAGCUUGUAUAUUUGUAGUAUCAUCCAGUCAUGUUGAUCCUAUAGGACAAAUUAAUGAAUUAAAUCAUCAACAAGAACAAUAUCAACAGCAGUCUUCUAGUCAUAGUGACAGGGCAGAAGCAGUUUAUCAAAAUAUGAAAAGUACAUAUGGUGCUGGUGUUUGUCAUUUGUUACAGAUAAAUUCAAAGACACUUAAUGAGAUGAAUAAUUUAGAAAAAGAUGAAAAUGACGAAUCUGUGAAUCUCCCUGAUCCAUGGAGUCAGUUUUUAGCAAAGACAAUUGAUCAUAAUACAUCUGAAAAUGAAGCAAGUAAGUUUCCUGAAGAAAAUCAUUUCUCAUUUCCUGAACACAUUUAUGAAGAUCAACCAGAAGAAAUUGAUGGUAUUACAGAAAAUAAUUUAUCAAUUCAGCAUCCUCUUUCUUUAAAUACAGAAAAUGAAUUGCCAACAUCAGAUUCUUUUAUUUCAUCACCAGUUGGAGAAGAAACAAAUUUUUCAAAAACUUAUGGACAAAAUGGAGAAAAAAAAAUUAAAGAAAAUAAAAUUCAUGGUGUUUAUUUGACACUAAGUGAUAGAGAAAGAAUCAGAGUAUUUAUUCANAAUAACUCGGGUUAUGGACUGCACAGCGUCAUGUGCAGCCCGAGUUAUCUCGGGUUAUGGGCAGAAGGGAUUAAGGACCUUGAUAAUAUGCUGACUAUUUCAUCACCAGUUGGAGAAGAAACAAAUUUUUCAAAAACUUAUGGACAAAAUGGAGAAAAAAAAAUUAAAGAAAAUAAAAUUCAUGGUGUUUAUUUGACACUAAGUGAUAGAGAAAGAAUCAGAGUAUUUAUUCAAGAUUUUUGCAUUCAGGGCCUUCUACCUUAUGUGGAGAAACAGAUUCGUAAUUUAAAUGAUCAGGUAGCCAACAGAAAGGGAAUUCAUCGUUCAUUAUUUAGUGCUACAAAAAAAUGGUUUAGUGGAAGCAAACCAGGAAUGCAAGGUCCAACAUCUUCAAGUACUUCUGUAAUGUACGAGAUGGCUGCAUUGUCAGUUUUUAUGAUGGGAUCUUCAUCCCAAAGACAAUUUCCAACACAUUAUAUGGAUUCUGCUAUUACAACAUAUUUAAAUACAUGCAAAUCUUCUGUAUUUGCUACUCGUGCUACAUUACUUAGCACAGAAUGUUUAAAAAAUAAAGGUUUGUAUAGUGAAGCUGCUCUGCAUUUUAUACGUAUGACAAGUGAAGAUUCAGAUCUACGUAGUGCAUUGCUUUUGGAACAAGCUGCUCAUUGUUUUCUUAAUACAAAGCCACCAAUGAUUAGAAAAUAUGCUUUUCAUGUUAUCUUAGCAGGACAUAGAUUUAGCAAAGCUGGUCAGAGAAAACAUGCUUUACGAGCCUAUAAAUUGGCAGAACAGGUAUAUAAAGAAAAGAAUUGGAGAUUGGCUGAUGAUCAUAUUAAUUUCAUUAUUGGUAGACAAUCAGUAAAUUUGAAGCAAUUAGAAAAUGCCUGCACAGCAUUUGAAAGUUUACUUAAAGAACAUAGUCUUCAAUCUGCUACUCAACAAGCUACAUUCCUUCGUGAAUAUCUUUUUGUGUUAAACAAAUUCUUGUUGCAGAUAUUGAAUGAGAAUAAAGAUCAACAGUUACCCUUAUUUCCUUUGCCAAAAUUUGAUUGUCAAAGUAUAAAAGUUUUAUUUGGACAAAUUAAUGAAAAUGUAGAUGAAAUGUCAUUUGUUAAUGGAAGAAAAUUUGACAAAGCAAAUUGGAAUAAUAAUACCUGGAUAUAUUUAGCUAAUCUGGUUGUUACAGCUGCCCAAGGAUUUUUGCCAAUUAGUCAUCAUCCACAACUUCAAUGUUUAGCUGAAAAUACUGAUAAUUCUAUUAGACCUUUAAGUGUUGUUGGAGAAAUAAUAACCAUUGAACUACAGAUUAGAAAUCCUCUUGCCAUACCAUUAGUUUUGACUAAUGUUUUCCUGUUAUGGACUUUUAUACCAAAAGACAGUAGUCAGGAAAGUACACACUUGACAAAUGAAACUUCAUCAUUCAAGACUUCUGUGUCGGAUCCUGUUUUAUCUAAAGUACUUCAAGAAGUUAAUUUUGAUGGUCAAGAAACUAAAACGAUACAUUUAUUUAUUCAACCAUUGAUGAUUGGAGAGCUACAUAUCACUGGUGUUUCUUACACUAUACAAACUUUGACUUCAUCUAAUCAGCAAACAACAAAUGGAGAAAUGUGUGAGAUGGAAAUAGCAAAUCCCAAAUUAUUCAAUAAUCCAUGUAUAAGUAUACAAGGUAAACAAAAUUUAGAAUUAAUUGGACGAAGAUUAAAUAAUACAAAAGCAGAAAAAACUGGCAAAGUUUAUGGACCAGAUUAUAGACUUAAACCAAUUAUAAUAGAACACAUGCCUAAAUUACAGGUUAAAUUUAAUAAUUUUAUUCCAACAUUCUUUUGUGGUGAAGUAAGACUGAUGAAUAUAGAAUUCACAAAUAUUGGUCAUUGUGCAUUGAAUAGAAUACUUAUAGCAUCUUCAAAUCCAGAAUUGUUUGUAAUUGGAACACCAGGUUAUGAAUCAAAUGGCUGGAUGGUAUACAAAGAAAAUGCUUGCAACGAAAAAUUUUCCCCAGUUAUGGCUGAAUGUCCAAAUAUUGAAGCAAUUUGUGAAAUAAUCACACUUGAUGGAAAUUCUUGUGAACUGACACCGAAAGAAUCACUUAUUGUUCCAAUGUGGCUUCGUGGACCAGAUGUGCCUGGUGAUCAUACCAUAGAUUUUUUGUUUUAUUAUGAAACAAAAGAGUUUCAAACAAAAAUGAAAUAUAGAUUAUUGCAAUAUUCUUUAAAUAUCACUGCUCUUCCUUCUUUGAGUUUUAAAACUGAAUCUACUUGGAGUUCUUCAUUUUCAAAUAAUUCUCUGACUCAAUGUACAUCAAGUGCCAAUAGUUUUGUUUUAUUUCUUGAAGCUCAAAAUGUUAGUGAGAUUGAAAGAACAGAAAUAACAAUUUUACAAGUUUCGAGUGUUAGUCAAGAUUGGUGCCUAUAUCCACUUUCUGAAGUUCAAGGACAAGGAACAAUUUCCAUCCGGCCACAAGAAUCAAUUUUGCUCUCAAUGAAAGCUAUGCCAUUUAAUUCCAAAUAUACAGUUACUGGAAAAAAUGUGAUGGUAUUUUCUCAAGUUCCUUUUGGAAGAACAGAAGUUGAUAGCAGUUCAACACCCUGUAGUGAUUUUAGUUGGCGAUCACAGUUGAGGCUAAACAAUCAAAAGUUAAUAAAUGAUGAUGUACUUGACAUUAAUGUCCAAAAUGAAAUUAUAAGUAUGAUGAAAGAUACAGAAAAUUUUGGAUUAGUUUUGACUGCUCUAUGGAAGGCUAAAAUGGAGAAAGAUAAUCAGACUCAUGUUGUUGUAGGACAGCACCAUAUUGUUUUAAACAAAGUUGAUUCUUCUGUUUUGACAUUACCUGAAGAAAAGUCUUUCGAGCAAAAUCCUCCAAUUUAUAUAAUUCCAGACUUAGAAGAAAAUGAAAAAAUUCAUUUGAAUUUAACUGAACAAGCAAUUAAAUGUACAAUAAAUCAUCCAUUUCAUGUAAAACAUAAUUUUUUAUAUAAAAGGUUACUUAGCAUUCCUGUAAUACUUGUUGCUCAUAACUGUUCUCAAGUAGAUGCUUAUGUGUUUAUUGAUUUACAAGAAGUAAGAAGUGUAACUCCAAGUCCAGUAUCUACACCACAGUCACUUCAAGAAGUUUACAGAGGACUCGGUUCGCAAGGUUUUACUUGGAUAGGUCCAAGUCAGCGGCAGUUUUGUCUUAAAUCAGGAUCCACGAUUCACGUACCACUCCAAGCAUGUUUUUCAGCUCCAGGUACUUAUCUGAUGGGAAAUCUUCAGAUAUCUUCAGGACUGGAAAAACAUGGUGCUAAAAUAUGGCAGCAAUGUAUGCCACCAUGUCUUAUAAUAAUUAGUGAUAAUAAAUGAAAAAGUGAACUGUUAGAAUUGUACAGUUAUUUAGUUAUUUACCAUUCAUCAAACUACCAGUUAUAUGGACCAAGAAUUAUCAUCAGAAAAAGAGAUUUGCAUUAUUUUAUUCAAUGCUUUAAUUCUCUAAUUUCAUUUGAUUAAAAUACCUUAAAUAAAAUUCAAAGCUCAUCUAUAUGUAAAUUGUAAUUAUAGUGAAAUAAUGUUAUAUCAUGGCUGCACUGGAUUAAAACUGAAAUGACUAUUGUUUUUGCCACAAAGCAUGUUUUAUAUAACAGUGCCAGUUGUUAUAUCUUUUAAAAGAUUAUUAAAAAAAAUGAAAAAGAUAAUAAAGUUAUAUAUAUAUAUAUAUACUUAUAUAUUAGGAAUUGUUAUUGCUAUAAAAUUUCCAUUUAGUUAAUCUUAUGACUGUGUUUAAAAAGACUUUUCUAAAUUUGAUUUAAUUUAUAAUAGUUUGAAGGUUUUUAUAUCAGUAUGAAAUCAUUUAAGUGUUAAAUUGUUUAAAUGAGAUUUAAUGCUUUGAAUAUCAUUGUAAUAUAUGAAUUAAUUUGAGAAUUGCUGUUGAAUGAAGAAAAAUUAAUAAUAAUGAAUAUUUUUAAAUAAAAAUUUGCAUGUGAUCUUUGUAGUCUUAAUAUUUUUUUCAUUUUUAGCUUUUUCUGCCCAUGGGUGUAAGAGGUCUUUUUUCCACAUCUGCUGUGGGUUUGGCCAGGUUCACAAUGAGAAGGUUAGGUGGUGAAGGAUGGGGUCUGAUGGAUCUGACAGAUGCCCAUGAAAAAUUCUUGGAGAUUUUCAUCUAUCUGGAUUCAAUCCUGGGUUCCCCAGAGCAGUAGGGUGACAUCUUAACCACCUCAACCAUUGGCUAUCAUUGAUUUUUUUUAUUAAAAGCACACUUUUAUAUGCAAAUGUAAAAUAAUGUAUUGCUUCAAUAACAUUACAAAAACAGAAGAUUAAGAAUUAAUUGAUAGAACUAAUCUGACAAAAAUGCAGCAGAAUCUCUGUGGGUUCUAUUAAUAUAUAGAUAAACUGACUACUCCAGAACACUGACCAUCCUUUUUUGAAGUCCCAUGCUGUUUUCUAAUCUGAUCAAAGGAUAUUUUUGUCCCAGUUUGCAUAAUUUUUAUUUAUUUUUUGCACAUCCAGUAAACAAUGAGAUAGAUAUAUAAAGGAAUCAUCAUAUCAGGGAAUACAUUUUGUUUGGGAGACCUUACAAUGAGUUCUUCAGUGAUUUCCAUGUGUAGGUAAGGCUGAUAUAAACCUUUAUUUAACACUUCUCAAAUACUUUUGAAAAAAAUCUGAAAUGACAUGUUUAAGAGUUAAAGCAGAAGCCCCUUAGCAGAAUUGUCUCCAAUUUGUGUUCAGAACAUUACUGAUUCAAGUUAAAGGCUUAUAACAAACCUUAUCCACACAAACAUUAUUGAAAUCGCUCUUGCCAGUAACAAAAUAUGAUAGAAGUUAGCAUCAAAAUAUGUAAAAAUUGUUCUUUGAGCAAGUUAAAAAACUGGGGACUGAAGAAUUUGAAAAGUUGACAGAAGAA